UUGCAGCUCACAUGUAUUAACAAAUUGUUCUUCUGGGCUCCUGCGCAAUCAUGGGUUGCUUGGACUGAAGUUCAUUCGCAGCUCGUGGGGAUUCGUAGAUCGCUUUUCCUUGGGCCGCCGGCCUGGUGAGAUGUCCCAACCGAGUGGGACAAGAAGCGCCAUCCACUGCUGAGGUUGUGGCGCUUCCUCCGUGGAUGCCGCCGAACUCGCCAAGCCAAGAAUGGAUGUACGGGCCUUGGUCGACAGCCACCAGCGACACCUCAUCCGCUUGCGGCCCGGGCGCGUGGCUUCGCGUUGUGAAGAGCUGAAGAAACCGAAUCGGAGCGAAGACUUUAGCGCGUUGCUGCCCAUGCGUAUCGUGGAGGACGAGACUGAUUUCGAUACGUCGGAGGAGAUGGAGCAUCGAAGCUCAUACAACACCAUGCGCUGGCCGCUGCCGGUGUCUGACCACCACGUCCCGAUGCCGCCCAACCGCAGCAGUCACGACCACCACUUGCUGCAGCUCCAUGUGUACAUGGGCAAGAUUCAGCAGGAUCCGCAUCACAUCACCCGGGCUGCGCAGAUCAAACUCGGCAUGCACGAGUUGCGCUUAGAGCUGGCACCAUCGCCUGCACCACCAGACGGCCCUUCUCCAAAACAUUUGACACCCGACAGCGAGAUGCUCAGGAGAGAUCCGUGGAUGGUAAACUCACCACAACUUCUGACUUAGCGACUGCGCCGCCAUUGCUGAGAAGACUCGCAAUGUUGGCAGUUAUUUCAUUCGCUGGAAGGUGUAUUGAAAAUCACGACAUUUCACUCUUUUGCAUAAAUUCCAACAUUUGUUACUUGCAACCUUUACUUGGCAUGAUUGAGCCUACUGACCGG